GUUUGUUUGAAUUUUAUACUUAUUCCACUGAUCCCCCUCCCCCCCACACCGUACCCCGCGCCCCUCUGCCGACUUCUCAAAGAAUCAUAUGUCUUCGCCGCUCUUGAAUCCGCAUUACAAACGCAAAAUACAUUGAAUCUCCGUGUGCUUUGGAACGUACUUCCCCACUUCUUUUUGUACACUUCGUUGGCUAGACAAUUAUUCUUUUCUCUCUCUCUCUCUCUUAUUCUUCUCUACAACCCUCCCUACUCUUUCUCUCCCCAUAUACAUCGUUUAUAAACGUACAUUGUGACUAUUAAAAUGGCUCCCUCUAAAAUCUAUACACGUGAAGAAGUCAAGCGCCAUGCUUCCGAAGACGAUCUGUGGAUCAUUAUUGACACUGUCGUGUAUGACAUGAGCCGCUUCAUUGACAUGCAUCCUGGCGGUGCUUUCCCUAUCUUGGAAUUCGCCGGUAAGGACGCGACCGAAGCUUUCUACGGUCUCCAUCGUCAAGAAGUCCUUCAAAAGUACAAACGUUACGAGAUCGGCACCAUUGAGGGUGAAAAGCCCCAAAUCGAUUUCCGUCAACCCGGCAGCCUUUCCAAGGUUCCUUAUGCCGAACCCAGCGCCUGGCAAGGUUUCAAAUCGCCCUACUUUAAGGAAUCUCACUACAAGUUCCGUACUGCUGUUCGCGUGAUCAUGGACGAGCUCGCUGAAGAAGCACGUGAAUAUGAAGUUAGCGGCGAGCGACCCAGUGACGAAUUCCAGCAAAAGCUCGGAUCUCACGGUCUUUUGGCAGCCAACAUUGGUCCUGGUAAAUUUUUGAAGGAUUUCAACAUUCAGUUGCCCGGUGGCGUUGCUCCCGAGGAGUACGAUUACUUCCAUGAAAUGAUCGUUCAUCAAGAGGUAGCUCGCUGGGGUACACGCGGUACUGAUGAUGGUUUGAUCGGUGGUAUGACCAUCUCUCUCCCAACUGUUAUCAACUUUGGUUCGCCAGCUCUCAAGCAGAAGAUUGUGCCUGAGGUCCUCUCUGGCAAAAAGAGAAUGGCUUUGGCCAUCACCGAGCCUUAUGUUGGUUCUGAUGUCGCUAGCAUUCGCACUACUGCUAAGCUUACGCCUGAUGGAAAGCACUAUAUCGUCAAUGGUGUUAAGAAGUGGAUCACUACUGGCCACUGGGCUCAAUACUUCUCAACUGCCGUCCGCACCGAAAAGGGUAUCUCCAUGCUUUUGAUUGAACGUAGUGAGGGCUUGGAAACCAAGCCUAUCAAGACCUCGUAUUCGCCUAGUGCUGGUACUGCCUACAUAACUUUGGAAAAUGUCAAGGUUCCUGUUGAGAACUUGCUCGGCAAGGAAGGUGCUGGCUUCCAGGUCAUCAUGUCCAACUUCAACCACGAACGUUGGGUCAUGCUUGCUGGUGCUACCCAGGGUGGUCGCUUGGCUGUUGAAGAGUGCUUCAAGUGGGCCAUGCAGCGCAAGGUCUUUGGCAAGCGUCUGAUUGAUCAACCUGUCAUUCGUAACAAGUUGGCUAAAAUGAUCGCCAGUGUUGAAAGUGUGCACAGCUGGGUUGAGAACCUCACUUAUCAAAUGUGCAACAUGAGUUAUAUGGAACAGGCACUCAAGUUGGCUGGUCCACUUGCUUUGUGCAAAUACCAGGUCACCCGUAUGCUUCAUGAUGUAAGCGAUGAUGCUUGCCAGAUCUUUGGUGGUCGUGCUAUAACCAAGACUGGUAUGGGUCGCAACAUUGAAACUUUGCAACGUACCUACAAGUUCACUGCCAUCCUUGGCGGUUCCGAAGAGAUUAUGGCUGACUUGGGUGUGAGACAAGCGAUGAAGAAGUUCCCCAAGGAUGCCCGCCUUUAAAGUUUGCGAGCAGUACCAUCUUUGACAGAUACACAUACAAAAAUAGUCCCUCCCUUGCUUUAUUACGAUGAAAGAACAUGAUUUUUCCGGUUUUUUGUUACAAAUAUAUUCAUUUUACAUCACGAAUAUCAACACAUAU